UUAGUUGGACAUUCUGCUGGGAGUUACUGGACUGUGACCACACCACAGGAAAAUGCCCUUCUGGACUGUUCUGGCCCCACGUCAUCGUUGUCUCCCGGGACUCCCAGAUUCCAAGCCUGCUGGCUUCUACUAUAAAGAUGUGUGGUACUCGUUGUCCUGCUCCAGCCACUCCUUCUCCUCUGCCGACAGCAUCCUGGGCUGCCUGGCCGGCCAUGAGGUGCACAUGAUAGGGGAUUCAACGCUGCGCCAGUGGUGGGAAUAUCUGCGGGACACAGUGCCCUCCUUGAAGCCGGUGGAUCUUCAUGUCACCUACCAGGCGGGGCCCCUGAUGGCAGUGGACGCGGCGAGGGCCAUCGUGCUGCACUGGCGGGCUCACAAGUGGCCUCUUCGCUCCCGGCGCACCCCUGUAGCCUCCCUGCACUCGGUGGCCCGGGAGCUGGGGGGUCUGGCAGGCGGACCCCACACUGUGGUGGUGCUGGGCUUGGGCGCCCAUUUCACUACCUUCUCCCCGUCCAUCUUCAAGCGGCGCCUGGAGGGGAUCAGGGCGGCCGUGGUGGCACUGCUGACAAGGGAGCCCAGCACACUGGUGGUCAUCAAACUGGCCAACACAGGCUACAAGUCUGUGUACGGCAGUGACUGGUUCACGCUGCUGCUGAACCGGCUCCUGCGCGCUGCCUUCCGCCACCUCCCUGUGGCCUUCGUGGACACCUGGGCCAUGACUUCCAGUCUGGCUCUGCCCGAUAAAAUCCACCCAGACAGGCUCAUUGUGCGUAAUGAGGUGGACAUGCUUCUGUCCUUCAUCUGCCCGUCCUAGGGCAGCAGCCACCA